AUGGCGCACCCGUUUUCUUCUAACCCGUUUUACGCGGGCACACCUUCAUACGCACCGCAACAACCUCACUAUCCUUUUCCACCUAAUGGACUGCAGCAGCAGGCAAUUCAUACGCCUCCAGGAUUAAACCAGCAACCUCCACAGCCUCCAUCCUACCAAUCGUCCCCAACAGCGAGUGCUCCCAGAUACGAUACAAAUCCUCAGAUUCGUUCCCCGUUCCCACCUUUUCCUCCUCCGCCAGCUACACUCGGGCCGGACUUUUUCAAACAAUUCGCGAACGCAGGUCUACCGCCUCCUCCACCGCCCUCAUUUCCUCCGGUGCCUCUGCCUAAUGUCGCCGGUUUCUCGCAGUUGUCUACCCCGGAAAACACCUUUGUCUCAUCGCCGUAUCGUCCGCAAACCGCCUCUGCUCCUGCUCCUCUUGCGGGUGCUUCUGCAUUCAUUGCAAACGAAAAGUUAAGGCAGAACUUUCAAGAACCGGCUGUUGUCCCCCAGCCAGAAAGAGACACCAGGAGUCAAUACGCUCUGCAUGAGCGCCCCUCCCACAAUUAUGCUUCAUAUAACGUAAAUCAAGGUGGAAAGACACAACCUGCGCGCGGUCAACCAAGCAAGGCCGACACAGGCAAAGAAGAAGCACUGCCGUCCUUUGGUUCACGGUCCGAUCUCGAAUUGCUUUUUGCUACCGCCCAACAACAAGCUUCACAAGUGAAUGACUACAACAUGGGAAACUCAUAUUCCUUUACAAGAGGUAACGAAGCCGUUGAACAGCCUUCACAACAAGCUGGUAGCGUGUCUCCAUAUGACCCAACUCGACCUGCAACAGUAGGCGAUAGACCCUCUGGUGGCUUCGGCCCAGCAAAGGAUAAGUCAAAUGAGAAGCCAAAAACCAUGCCGUCCAAGACCUUCGAACGUACGUAUGACAACAAGUCACCCACAGAACUUCGACAACUAGCAAAAGGGGCUCUCCUGUCCCUCGUGCCUCACAGAAUCCUAUACGCAGACCUUGUCAAGGAGGGUGUGGACGCUCAAGUACUAAAGGAGCUCUAUGGUGAACUCGGCAUCAAGGCAGAUGUUGAUCCUGAGCAAGGAGUCGAAAACGUGGAUGCGAUGCUAAUGGUGUCUGGUAAACCCGAGGCUAGUAACCUGUUGGCGGGUGCCGCUUCAGGUGAUGUCGCUCUGGGUCAACCACAUCCGGAUGGAAUCACACCGUCACAAGCAUCAUUGGAGAUGGCGAAGCAACCGCAUGCGCCAAGUCUUAACCUCGAAAGAAAGGAUCGCAUUGCCCAAUUGCUGGCUGCGAAGGCAGGUCGUCCAACUCCGACCACGCCAGCUUCAGGCUCAUCAACCCAAACGGAGGGCGCUCUCUCAGGUGCGUCAGCCGUGCGAACUGUCCAUACGCCUACAUCGGCUCCCCAAUCGCCAUUGCACGCAGAGAGAGAUGUGGGACAGCGGCUUCAGAGUACCACGACUGCUAAGGCUCAGCCUGAUGUUAUAAAAGCGAAGAUGGAACAACUGAAGCGUGAAUCAGAAGCCAAGGCUCAGAAGCAAUUGUCUCAGACGCAGAUGGCCUCAGGCCUGGUUCCAGACAGUGCAGUAGCAGCUACUCCUGCGAAACCCAUAUUUGGGUCAGCCUCUCAAAUCCAGGGCCGUCUCCCUACAUCUGCAAUAACAUCCAUGAUACCAGGACUGUUCAUGACACCGUCAGAACUUGCUAGUAUGGAUGAAGCAGACGCAUUGGAAGAUAGCGAGAUGGUCGAUGCGCCGGAGAAAGAGCAGGUUCAAAUCGAGUCGAGUUUGUCUACCCAAGCUCCUGCUUCACCAGCCUUGUCAGUACCUCAGAAGCGACCAAUGUCUUUCGAUCCAGCACUGGCUAGCACCGAACCUCAGGCGAAGAGCACUCAUGUGGAAAUUGCUACGGAAGGUCUCGAAGUUGAUUCUGACGAACAUUCAGAAGGAGAGAUCAUUGAAGGAGCCGAGAGUGACUCGGCUGCAGGUAUGGAAUCACGGCCUCAGGGUUAUGAGACUUUGGCAGGUAGCGAGGCCCAGAUAUCAAAGCCAGAUGCGCUUACCACGGCUCAGAAUAAUCUGGUCAAUGAAGCUGGAAAGGAAGAGUUAUACCGUGCCAAACAGACGGAGAUUGAGGCAAUGCGGCGGAAAAUCGCUGAACUGGAACAGCGCAACAAGCUGAAACGUCGAAGUCAAAUUGACUCACCCGCUUCCUCGAAUCCUCCUACGCCGGUAAUGACAAGGAGAGAACAACCGCUGAGCAGUUCGCCUGUACCUCAGCCUUCGGCUUCCGGUAUCCCAGCUGUUCCAUCCAAACAAUCCGUUGCUCGGACAAUUGCCAAGCUCACGCCCGCGCAACUUGCAGAGCGCACGGCUGCCUUGAAGGCAGACCUCCUGAGACAACGUUCACAGCGACAGCAGGUUCUGCAGGACGGGCUGCCGGAUCUGAAUUUCGAGGUGUCCAAAAUAGAGGUUCGGCUAGUAGCGGCACGGCAAGAACUCAACGAAGCUGAGACCCGAGUCUUGGAAUGCCAGUCGGCGUUGGAACAGGCCAUAAAGGCAAGAGACGACCUGUCGGAAGAAACAGCUCAACUCGAGCGGCAAUUGCAGGAAGGUCAAUCAGGCCAAAAGCAAUAUGCAGAUGAGCUCCAGCAGAUUAAGCUCGAGGGUUUAGCAGAAGCUCAAGCAUCUACAUCACAAGGAGCGACUGGUACUGUUACUAUACCGGAAACAGUAUCUGACACUGCUGGGUUCGUGAAUAACGAAUCGCACAUUCCGGCCGAGCUGCCUGAAGAGCCUAGAACAACAUCAGCCGUGUUCACGGGUGUAGAAUGGCCUAACGGUCUCGAUGACUCAAACCCACAGGCCAAAAUGCCGGGCUUCGAGGAAGGAGAGAUUGACCUCAGCCAGCCCCCACCCGGACACCAGGUGCCGGUACCAGAUGUCUACGAACCAAGUCCAGAAGACGAAGGAGAAGUGGAAGAGGACCUCCUUGAUGGAGGGCUGCCGCGAGCGGACACUUUUCAGACGGACGAAAUGGAGAUCUCUCCAGAGCCUGAAGAAGCUAUCGAGGAGCUCGAAGAUGUCGUUUCCGAUCCGGAAUUGGAACAAUCCAUGGAUGAUACGCCGAUGAAUGUGGACGAUGAUAGCGAUGGUAGUGCCAGUAUGUCGGAUUCUGAAGACGAACAGGAACAAGACUACGAACCGACUGAGACCCACAUGUCUCACGGUCAACCUGGUGAAGAAUCCGACGAGUAUGACCCGGAAGAAGCCCCUGUCACGCACGAUGCGACUCCUAACACUGGUACGGACAAUGAUGAGGAAGAUUUCUAUGAGCCUUCAGAACACGUGGAGGACCUAUCGGCUCAACCUAGCCCUGAUGUCCAGCAAGAGCCUGCUGAAGCUCGAGGAGCAGUGUCGACAGUGCCGCUUGACAAUCCACAAGAUGACAUUGAGUCCGGUCCUCAAUUGACAGAGGCAGACACCUUGGUCAAGACGCAAGGCGCACCUAACGGCGACACUUCCGAGGAUAAGCCCUACCUGGACGGAACUUCGACCUCAGCCCCUCGCUUCGUUCCGUACAAGACGCCACUCUCCGCAUUCAAGACGUUUCGUUUCCACCAAGAUUACAACAACACAGUCAAGUCUGGCUAUCGGUCGUUGACGUACAGCAACAACAUUGACCCUUCUCGUCCGCUUUGCCCUACUGAGCUCUCUGGUGAAAGUUGCUCGGAUCCGACUUGUGAAGAGCAGCAUUUCCGCCAAAUCGGGCUCCCAGAUGACAAAAUUCUUGUCCAAAUGAGUUCGGCAGGUGACAUCAAAGACAAGACGACGCGGGACGAGUUUCUUGUGGGAUUGAAACAUGUUAUUGCCGACUUGCGUUCCAACGACGUAAAGGAUUUCGACAGUGUGGCUGGGGCGCUGUCCAAUUACAGAAGAAAGUUCUUUGCUGAGCGGGAAGAGACUGUGUAAAAAGAACGUCUCGAUUUUCAAUUCCAGGACGGGAAGAACGCAGCAGCGCAGUCACCAGGGUCUCAAUAUCGCUUGGAGGAAGUUGGAUCUUGCUUGGGACUGAUGAGGGCUGAGUGUGCUUCCGAGUGUGUAUUUUUGUUGUACAACAUGUGUGUUUAGGACGCUGGACAUUGGUUGAGGAGAUGGGCCACACAGGUACAAGCCGGCAAAAGCAUGCAAGCAUCAUCCAGGCGUGGAGCUGUGUAAUUGAAAGCUUCGAUCCACCAGGGAUUGCACAGUUUCUGAAUGAAGAAUGAGCCAAUUCGAUACUUCGACUCUCGCUCGAUCAGGCUUGUCUUGUACAUGUCUUCUGAUCACAUUAUUCCUAUACACUGUGGUCUCCGAAAACUCCAUCGAGCUAAUCUCGUUGACAGCCAAAAGACCAGUCACAACGCCCGAACCUUGAGCCUCA